GGCCCGCAAUCGGGGAUUGGUUUGGGAACAAAGCCACCGACGGGGCCCAAGUCGAGUAUUGGAAAAGGGCCAUGGGUCUUUUUCUCUAAACUGGUUACCUGCGGCAACAAUACACUAUCGUAUACAUACACUGGUUCGCGCACUUGGCUGCAGGCGAUCACGAUCCACGAUAGGUGUGUGUGGGAAAUUCGCAAGUCUGGAAGUUGGUAUUCUGGCUCGUUUUUACAUGUAUUUAUGCAUAAUGGCCGAGAGUGGGACACCGGAAGAUGAUUUGAGCGUGCCCCGUGCGGCGCUCAACAAGAUGAUCAAGGAGCUGCUGCCCUCGGUCCGCGUCUCCAAUGACUCACGGGAGUUGAUUCUAAACUGCUGCACGGAAUUCAUCCACCUUGUGUCAUCCGAGGCUAACGAGAUAUGCAACAAGAGCUUCAAGAAGACCAUCUCCCCAGAACACAUUUUAGCAGCCUUAGAUAGCCUUGGAUUUGGCGCCUACCUGGAAGACUGCAAGUCGGUCUUGGAAGAGUGCAAGACAGUUGCCGCCAAAAAGAGGCGGGCCAGCAACAGGCUGGAGAACCUAGGGAUACCGGUGGAGGAGUUGCUACGGCAACAGGAAGAACUGUUUGCCAAGGCGAGGGAGGAGCAGGCAGUGAUUGAGCAAGAGGAGUGGGUUCAGCUGCAGGCUGCCCAGGCAGCACAGCAGCAACAACUGCUGCAGCAACAGCAGCUACAGGGCACCAGCCAAGCACAACAGCUGGUGGCGACUAACCACAGCCAGCAGGGCGCAACGUAAAGGCCCGGUCUUUGGGACCCGGUGAAAUGGACACUAUGGAGAAUAGAAUAGAAUGGAGAAUAUUUUUUAAGCAAUGAUCGUGCCUCUUGGUUUGGAGUUCCGGGUUCAAGUUCAGCCAUCAUCCAAAUUCUCUUGAGGUGUUGUCGUAAGACCCGACCCGGUCUCCUGACAGACGGCAGUUUGAGAAUUCUAGUUUUACUCUGAGAAAACUAAGAAAAGGUUACUGCUUCGCUUAACUGAGGGAAAUGAAUGCUGAACAACGGUCCCGUAGUCUAUCAGGACCCUUCUUCAGAAAAACAUUUGGAGAUUUGAUGAUGAGAUUUGAGGAUGUUGUGGACAUUUUUUAUUUGUACAUGGUUCGAUCUCCAUUGGUGUCAAUUUGAGGCUUCCUUUCAGGCUUCUGCAAUCUCACUUGAAAUAUCUUCCAGAGUUUUAAACAAAUGGUGAACAAUCUUAAUUGUUAUAAGUUUACCUUUCUUCCUUUCCUUUCCCUCAAAAGGCCUCUUGUCAAUCAGGAAGACACCAUGAGAUAAUGUCUUUCAUAGAAGUGUAAUUCUGGUUACUGCCCAAUCUUGCAAGCAGUGUAAUAAACCUUUGGUUGAUUGAAGGAACAAGACUUCACUUGACUUUUGCUUUGUAUAUGUACUGAAGGUUACGAUUGGUCCAUUUCCAAACUCGGGUUUUCUCCCCGGAUGUAGCUUCUGGCUCAAACAGUGUACUUUUUAACCUCAGCAUUUGCCACAGGAAUAUCCAGUUAUGCUGAUUGGAGCCCCAAAAGAAAUUUCCAUUCGGUGAAUGAUAAAGAAAUUAUUCUGGAGCUUAAGUUGAAGUCAUAUCUAGAGUACAAAUGUGAGGUUUGAGAAAUUGCCUAAGGGGACGUUGAAUUUGUUCACAAGUUAGUAGAAACUGGUUAACUCAUUAAUGUAUUAAUGGAGUAGCCUUGUGAAAAAUCAUGCAGGUCAUUAAAUUUUUUUAAUUACUUUAUAGUGAAAUAUGCCACCUGAAAUGAUAGAGUUUGUAUAUUAAUUGUAAUCAUUGGAUGUAUGUGACAUUAAAUACUUGAUUUGUACCACACUCAUUCUGACCUUUUUAAAA